AUGGGUAAAAAUCUUCAACAUGUAUCAAUUCUAUGGUCAAAUCCUUAUUUAAUAAAUUCAAUGAGUGCUCGAUCAUUUUAUGAAUUAAUAUUUAGUGCAAGUUCAUCGGAAAGUCUUUGUUCAUGUGGAUAUUAUUUACCUAAAAGUCAUUCCUCAUAUAUAGAACCAAAACGUUGUCAAUUACCAUUAUUACUUCGACUUGAAAUUGAAAUUAUUGAUGAUAUUGAUAAUAAUGAAGAGAAAAUUAUUGUAUUAAGUCAUUGUCAGCAUCUACAUAUUAGACGAUUUCAUAUAUAUAAUUUAUUAUCACUUGAUAUAUUUGAUAUAUUAAUGGGAUAUUUACCAAAUUUAGAAAAGUUAUAUAUAUCAAUGAAAUUUUCAUCACAUCCAAUUGAUAUAUUCGAACAAUGUUCAAGUAUAAUACAUAGAAUUGAUCGUUUAAAAGAACUACAUUUUCGUUUGACAACGGAUUUUUGGAAUAUAGGUCAACAUCAAUUUGAAAAAUUAAAACACAUAAAUCCUUUUUUUGCAAAUAUUUUUAUUGAAAAUCAAGACGAUGAAAUUAAUUUUAUUAGCUAA